AUGUCCGAUUUUGUCUCCGACUUUGACUUCUCUGCCUUCUUGGCCGCCGAUGAAACCACCUUCGACGUCAACUGGCAGCCUCCGAUUGGUGACGACUUCGACUUCUCGGCUUUACUUGCCCUUGGCGAUGGAACCCUUGACCCCAGCCUGCCUCUCCAGCCCAUGCUUCCCUGGGGCGAGGCAACCGACUUUCCCACCCUGUUGCCUGCAGGGACUGCGUGGGAUCGCCGCAUGCAAUCCAGGGAGCCCACCGAAGCUGAAGUCGCUAUUUCUCAACCUGCCAAUGAGCUGGUGGACAAUGAAGCGACUGUAACCGAAAACAUACAGCGUGGCAGGAUGAUUGCGAUUGAGCAGUGCCAGAAGUUCAACUCGAGUGGCAUGCGGUCGAAACGGGCCAUAGAGCCUUUCCUUGCAAUGUUCUCGGCUGUCGUCAAGCGUUCAUCCGGGAAAGUCACCUGCAGGGCCAUGCAAGCCAUGCUCACGUCCCUGACCACUAUCAAGUCGAAGCAAACCAUCCAAAUGAGUGUGCCGAAUGCGGCAAAAUCUAUCCCACUCGUUUUCAAUUGCAGGCUAGAUGUGCUUCACCGUCAUAUCGAUUCAUACGCCAAUGCCAUGCCGAAGUUCCCUUGUUCUUUCUGCAAGCUCCAUCGUGGAAGGCACGGUUUUCGCCGCCGGGAUCACCUGGUUCAACACCUUCGUGGCUACCACCAAUUUGACUCAGAGGAGAUCAAUCAAGCAGUUCCUGCUGCCAGGAGCCCUACCACAAAUUGGGUGCACCCAGUUUGCCCACACAGCGGAUGCGAGCACCAUCGAGGCGAAUCGUUUUAUGAACUAUCUCAACAGGAGCAAAUUCAACAGAGGCCAUUUGGCAAGCGCUCGGAGUUGACGAAACAUUUGAAGGAUGAUCAUGGUGAAACCCCAUUCCCGUGUGACGUUCCCGGAUGCGACAAGAUCGGUGCCAAGGGCUAUGUUCGAGAAAAAGACUGCAUGAAGCACCGAGUCGCCAAACAUCCGGAUGCCGGCCCGUAUGUCCCUGCGGCACGAAUCUCACGAAUUAAGUGCAAUAUUCCCGGUUGUGGAAAGACAUUCAAGUCCUCGCAGUCGCUUGGAAGUCACAGAUCCUGGGUUCACUACGGGUACAGAAAGGAGAUUGAUCCGUUCGUCUGA